AUGGCUGACAAUGGUGAAAUCAAGAUACCUAUUUUUGAUGGUGAAGAUUACGCCAUGUGGAAAAAACGAUUAACAAUGUCGCUCAAGUUGAAAAAGUGCGCAGAUAAUAUUGAACGAGCAAAGACGGACAAAGAAGGCGAAGAAUGGGACGCAAAAGAAGUGAAAGCAAUAAGUCUCAUUUAUAACGGUAUUUCCAAUAAGCAAAUGGAAUUCAUUAAUGACGAAGAAACGGCAUAUGACAUGAUUAAAAAAUUUGAUAGUUUAUAUCUGAAAGAAUCAACGGCUUUACAAAUUGUGUACAGAAAUAACGAUUUUGAAAAGUGCAUUAAUGAUUUAAAAAGUGCGGGUGCAAAAAUUACAGAAAGAGAAAAACUGAAUUAUAUAUUGAAUACUUUGCCGGAGUCCUAUAGCUAUAUAGGCGAUUUAAUUGAUGUAUUAAAAGAAGAAGAACAAACGGCAGAAUAUAGGAAAAUUACAAGCCGAGGUCAAAUGCAUUCAUGUCCGAUAGAAGAAGGUGCUUCAAAUGUGGAAAAGUUGGUCAUAUUCAGCGAGAUUGUAAAAAUGGCGACCAAAAUGCAAGCGGCAGUUCAACAUGGCCAUCUACGCGAGGCAGAGGCACGCAUCGAGGACGUGGCAACCGUGGAAGAGGCAGAGGCCAAAGAGGAAUGCGCGCGCACCAAGCCGAGCAAGAAGGAGAACAAAAAGAAUACAACAGAGCUUGGAUUGCGAGAGUUGACUGUAAUACAGCGCAAAAAUUUAACAUCAUAUUUCAAUGAUACGUCAUGGAUUAAUCCGUCCGAGGCCGAUACGAUAGUGGGUGAGGAACCAGAUGCGGUGUCUCUUGUGUCAAUUUUAGUUGUUGGCAUUUUCCUGUCAGUGCUGAUAUUUCUAUCAGUUGCCGGUAAUAUACUCGUCUGCCUCGCCAUUUAUACGGAACGUAGUUUACGGCGCAUUGGGAACUUAUUUCUGGCAUCAUUAGCGAUAGCGGAUUUAUUCGUCGCAUCCCUGGUGAUGACAUUCGCCGGCGUCAAUGAUCUGUUGGGUUAUUGGAUAUUCGGCGCGCAAUUUUGUGAUACCUGGGUCGCCUUCGACGUGAUGUGCUCAACGGCGUCCAUUUUAAAUUUAUGCGCCAUCUCAAUGGAUCGCUACAUACACAUAAAAGACCCACUCAGAUAUGGUCGUUGGGUGACACGACGCGUCGCAGUCAUUACCAUUGCCGCUAUUUGGCUGUUAGCCGCAUUUGUCUCGUUUGUGCCAAUCUCGUUGGGUCUGCAUCGACCGGAGCAGCCGUUAAUCGUUGAGGAUAAUGGAAAACGGUAUCCCACGUGUGCGCUGGACCUGACGCCAACCUAUGCUGUCGUUUCCAGUUGUAUUAGUUUCUAUUUCCCGUGCUUGGUCAUGAUUGGCAUCUACUGUAGACUCUACUGUUACGCUCAGAAGCACGUAAAGUCCAUUAAGGCGGUCACACGUCCUGGUGAGGUGGCCGAAAAGCAACGCUACAAGAGUAUACGACGCAACAAAAAUCAACCGAAAAAGUUCAAAGUGCGCAAUCUGCACCACAGUUCGCCCUACCAUGUGUCCGAUCACAAGGCCGCCGUCACGGUUGGCGUCAUCAUGGGCGUCUUCCUAAUCUGUUGGGUGCCGUUCUUUUGCGUCAACAUAGUGGCCGCCUUCUGUAAAACUUGCAUCGGCGGCCAAACAUUCAAAAUACUCUCAUGGCUUGGGUACUCCAACUCAGCCUUCAAUCCCAUAAUUUACUCCAUCUUCAAUAAGGAAUUUCGUGAUGCUUUCAAACGUAUACUGACCACAAGAAAUCCAUGGUGUUGUCGGCAAGAAGUCGGCAACAUACAUCCACGCAAUAGCGAUCGUUUCGUAACCGAUUAUGCGGCGAAAAAUGUGGUGAUGAUGAAUUCAGGCCGCUCAUCAGCCGAACUGGAGCAAGUGUCUGCGAUUUGACCAAAACGCGCCGCUUCGGCAUUGGUUUGCUGUGUAUCGAGUGCGGAUGCUGCAUCGCUGACGACGACAUAUAUUCCGUGAGAUUCGGUAACGGUGGCAACCACGACCAUCGUGGAGGCUAUGCCGGUUGUGACGGAAAUGGAAACGGAAUUAGUUUAAAAUUGCUGAAUUUUUGGAAGCGCCGCGCGUUGUAUGCUGAGCGGCGCAAAAGGCGGGAUGGGUGUUGUAUUUGCAUAGGCAGAACGCAGUGUUUGCGCGGAGAUUGUGAAGGUGUUGGUGUAAAAAUAAAAAGUAGAACGUAAAAGGUAAUCGUGCUGAAGGCGAAUUUUACGCGCUGCUAAUGGCGCAGCUAAAAGAGGAGGUGAGUGACCGACCGACUUACAGACCAUUUAACAGUUAGUAACAGGGAUAAAACAGGGUGAGCAAUAUAGAGCUAAUGAGACUUUUGUAAACAUAAUGGACAGUAUGUGUUUGUUUGUAGGUAUGUGUGUUGUGAAUAUAUUAUUACUAGGUAUAAAUGUUUGUACUUUUAAGCUAAUUCAGUAGGUGAUAUUCUGUUUACUGUUGAUGAGUGAAAGCGUCUUUCUUGUAACUUUUCUGUGAAAUGAGUGAGUUGAGUUUGAAUAUUUACAUAAUUAAAAACUUUAAAUUUGUACGGACAACAUAAGCUAUCUGCCAUAAAGUUUACUGUUUAUAUUAAAUUUGCCAGACUUGUAAAUAGUAAAGGUAUUUCAAACAAUGUAAACUUCAAGAUUGCAAUAUUUAAUUUUUAGUGCUUGAAAAAUGUUAAUGGACUUGAAAGAAUUUCUAAAAAUAUAAAAAUAAAUUAUUGAACACUGAAAUAGAGUAAAAUUAGCAAGUAAUCAAAUUAAGUGUAAAAAGUU